AUGUCAGGUCGUACAAUUAUGUUGCUCCUAGCGCUUGUCCUCGUAGGUGCCCCAUCCUGCCUCGCGGCACCGGGUCCAGGAUACGACGCGUCGUUCAGCACGCACUUCCGCCUGCCGGCCUUCUGCAACGGCACGUACUGCACUGUCGGCCCGGACGGCACCGUCUCGCUCACUGCCGCCCAGAACAAAAUGGGAGCAUUCGAGUCGAAGAGCUACUACCAGUACGGCAUUUUCGAGGUGAAGAUGAAGCUGCCGCCGGGGUACUCGGGCGGGCUCAUCCCGUGCCUCUACCUGAUCUCGGGCGAGGGGCUGGACUACCGCGACAUCCACGACGAGAUGGACUUCGAGUUCCUCGGGUGGAGCGACCCUAAACAGAUCAAGAUCCACACCAACGCCAUCGCGGGCGGGUACACCAACGUUGAACAGUACAAAUUCCCGUUCGACCCGUCGGCUGACUUCCACACGUACACCAUGGUGUACGCGCCCAACUGGCUCGUGUGGAAGAUCGACGGCAAGCCCAUCCGCAUCACCUGGCGCGAACCGGGCAAGCCAUUCCCCUCGCUUCCCAUGAAAGUCAUG